UAAUUAAAAGCGCUGGUCAAUUGACCAAAUGCGUAUGUACAUGCGCACAGGAUAGUCGUAAUAAACCAUCUUAACAAAUGAGUGCGUUCGCGUGGAAUAAACAAAGUGUUUAGUGAAGAAAGAAACUGCACUGCGGUGAUUGUUGAGAGAUUUUCGAAUAUACAGUAUGUUCCGACGAACGUAUUAUGUGCAGCGCGCGGAGAGACGCAAUGAGGGUGAGCAAGUGAUGCGCGACACGUCGUUCUCGUCGUUCAUGUGCAUCCUGUUCAUCUUUGUGCUCUUCACAUGUCUCAUCGUCAUCGCCGCCAACUGGCGGAGUCUUUUUCUCGUCGAGGAUGAAAUUGAGUAUUUUAACGCGGAGAAUGACAGAGGAAGAUUCGAGACAAUGCAGGUUGAAAACAAGACGAGGAAUAAUCAGUAUGUUGAGGAAACAACGAUGAAAACAACUGAAAAUGAUAGUUUUAGAGGUUUUACUACUGCUUCAUUAAUAUCUACAGAGAUUACGAGUCAAACUCCUUCAGAAUUUUCUUCUAAAGAAGAAGAAACGGAAGCUUCUGAAGGUGUCACUGAAAUAAUCAGUCUAUUAUCUUCAAAAUCAACUGAAAUAUUUGAUGAAACAGAAACAACUGAAUCUUCUACUUUUGAUAAUACAAAAUCAACUGAUAGUGAGACAUUAUCAACAACUUACGAUUGGUUUUUGAGGCCUAAUACAAAAGAUACAACAAAUUAUGAUAAUACUCCUACUGCGGUUAGUGAUGGGUCUUCCGAUGAGGAAAUCACAAAAACCAGCGAUUGGAAACGAGAUGCAACGAUUUCCACGUCGGAUUUAAUUGAUUUAGAUACGACUGAAACAGAGAAUUUUGUGUAUGGUUUAGCUUCGUUGUUUACGGGACGCACAACGCCAUUUUGGACAAUUUAUAGUAAACAGGAUACAGGGGCAUCAGAAACAACUGAAACAACUGAAAUUUCAACGAUAACAACCGAAAAUACUUCAGAAUCUGAAACAUCUGAAAUAUUUACGAUUACUUCUGAAAAUACUUCAGAAUCUGAAACAACCAGUGACGAGAUCAUAAGUGAGGUUAUGGAUACAUCUGAAAACACUGAAACAUCUUCUGAAACUACUGAAACAAUUAAUUUUCAAACAGUUACUAUUACUGUAAGACCUGAAACGCAAUACAACGAAAAGUUAAAAUUGAAAAAACCAAGACCUGCGUAUGAUUCAGGUAAAGAUCGAGUUUAUUACGAUGUGACUACUGAAAAACCAUCAACUGAAGCAUUAUCCACCGAAGAAGCUCCUGGACAACUCAUUUAUUUUAAUAUUAACAACGACAAUGGAUUAAAUUCUCCUGAAGAGACUACAAUUAAUUCUUCUGAAGAUAUUGACUCUGAUGUAAUGGAGUUUGACGGUGAUAUUCAAACAGAAUCAAUAACAUAAUUUAUAAAAGUUGUGUUUUUUUUUUUGAUAGAAUAUAUCACAAAAUAUUUUUUUAAUAAAUGUUCCUUUCUUAUAAAGUUAAAAUAUUAUGCAUAUGAAUAAAUUUUGUUGAAAAUUU